AUGUCUGCCGUCGACAGUGUCAGUGACGCUAUGGCCAACACUACUAUCUCUCCCCCGCCCCUGGAGGAGCUGAUAACGUUGCUGGUGAAACUUGGUGGGUGUCACGAACUCAUGUGGUACAGUGAAAACGUUUCCAUUCCUACCAACCCUCGCACCACUCGUCCCGUCGGUUACGCUUUCGUCGACCUCACAACAGCAGAUGAAGCGAGCAAGGCUAUCGGCGAACUCUCUGGCAAGACCGUCCUCGAUCGAAAGGUGUCUGUGCAAGAAGCCCGCAAGCCGGAGACUGCGGAGGAAAAAGCCGCAAAAACCGAGACAGGUGAGGUGGAGGUGCACGCAACACCGAUGUUUCGUGAUUCUCCAAAAGAGGGCGAAGAAGCCCUCGCCGAUACGACCAAUGAGGCUGCCCCUGUCACCAACGGUGCUACCACUACUAAUGGCGUCACUAAGCCAGCUGCUGCCGCUGCCCAACCUCGUCAACGUGGACCUCCCGAGGAUGGUAUUCCGUCCUCGACCAAGAUCAUGGUUGCAAAUCUUCCAUACGAAAUGAGCGAAGACAAGCUCAAGGACCUCUUCGCAGCCUACAGCCCAAGUGCUGCUAAGAUCGCGCUUCGUCCUAUUCCACGAUUCAUGAUCGCUAAGCUGAAGGCCCGUGGUGAGCCCCGCAAGGGCCGUGGCUUCGGUUUUGUCUCUCUUGGUUCAGAAGAGUUGCAGCAAAAGGCAGUCUCGGAGAUGAACGGCAAGGAGGUGGAAGGUCGUGAGAUCGCGGUGAAGGUUGCCAUCGACAGCCCUGGAAAGGAGGAUGUCGACCCAGAAGCCGCUGGUACCGCACCAUUGACCGAGAACGGCGUCGUGCAAGCAAACGACCCUCCUGCUGCAUAG